AUGGCCGAGGUUAUUGGGCUUUUGUCCGGUCUCCUUACCUUGGCGACGGUCGCCCAUAAGUCUGUCACCAAGGUUCAGAAGGCAGUGCAAAGCUUUCGAUGCCUCCCACGUCAACUAAGGGAGCUUCUUUCAGAGUUAGCAGAGCUGAGUACCGUGCUCCAGGAACUCUCUCAAGCACCUCACGGUAACGUUGAAGUGGACCUUUCGGCCCUCAAAAUAACGCUGGAGCAAUGCAGCCGUGCAUGCGAGGACUUCGAGCUCGAGCUGAUAGCCUGUAGUUCGCGGUCUAGCCAAGAUCGAACUAGUUUUCGGGAUUGGGCCAGGCUCACAUACAGGGGCGGAGACGGAAUUGAAGGCUUCAGGCAGCAGCUCAUUGGAUACAAAUCUACAAUCGUCGUCGCUCUCAGCUUUGCGAACCUCCGCACAUCUGCCAUCACCGUCGAAGCCGUGCAAUCCUGCCGAGGAUUAAUUGAGACAACAACAAUUGACUUAGAGGUACACCUGGAGGACGUGAAGCAGAAGCUUGAUGUGCUCGCCUCCCGGGCCCUCGUGAGUCCCGAAGUAGACGAAGCGACGUUUAAAUAUAUAGAAAACGAGCGUCUUAGUACCGAAAAGGGUCUCCAGCUUUGCCUUCAGCUUUCUCAGCAGAUUGACCAGAUUCAGCUUCAAUAUGCCACUGAGGAAGGGCACACGCCCAGUCUUCUCGGUCCACACCCAACAUCAAAUAUGCUUGUCAGCGAAGGACUCGAUGGCUGUAAGGAAUACCUCGGAUUUGCGCUUGAGCGAUUGAAGAGGCAUCGUCAAAAGGUUUCCGAACGAAUAGAUGCUGGCUCGUCGACCGCCGUAGCAUCGGAUAAUAAAGUGUUACUCGAUAAUCUUAACGAGGAGGCCGACGUUUUACGUCAUUCACUGAACUUGUUCUCGAAUAUCAACACGUAUUUGGAGGAGAAGAUCAGUAACAUCGAGAACCAUGCUGAGGGCGAUGACACUAUUCAAUUUAUGGUUUCGACGGACGGGAAGCCGCUUAAUGGAAAGAACCACGGUAUCGGCUUGAGACUCAAACAAGCCGGCGGGCAUUUUAAGGAACAAUCUCUUCAACAGAUAUCCCAAGACUUCACCACAAUCAGCUUGCACCAAACGGGAGGCGAAAAGUCUCCUAGACGUGCUCAUACGCCAACAGUGGACCCAGAAACCACGGCGGUGGCACCUGGUACGCCCUUCAAUGGACGAGGCUUCACACUUACACCUAAGCCUAGUUCUGGGUCGGUUCCACUUCCUGGCUCUGCAACAAAGUGA